AUGGAUCCGAAAGACAUUGCCCCCCUCUCCCGGGAGAUUGUCAAAGAGGCCGACCAGCUAGAGAAGCUACUAUUCGAGGACGGCAAAGACGAGAGUCCUGAGAUGCUGCUAUGGAAUCAUCCACCUCGUGGCUCCGAUAUUGAAAGGAGCCAGUCCAAGCUGCUCGGUCUCAUCCAGAAGCUGAGUAGAACACUUCGAGGCCCGCAAGAUUUCUUGCAUGAGUUUGUUGCAUCCAACUGGGACAAGGGUGCAUUGUACUGCCUUCUCGAGUGUCGUGUCUUGGACGAGAUUCCCCUAGAUGGGCAAGCGACUCUUACUGAGCUCUCUGAAAAGACUGGGAUACCAAGGGACAAGCUGCUCCCCAUGCUACGACUUGCGGCAUGUGACCAGAUACUCGUCGAGUCCUCAGAACAGGUCUUUCGUCAUGGCAUGAUCUCGCGUGAGCUGGUUCAAGAUCCUGGUCUGAAGGCCUUUAUCGGAUUCCAACUCUUUGAGACGAGGGUUGCAAGUACUCAUCUUGCAAACUCACUCAAGAAGCCCAACCCUACCUGGACAGGCCACUCUGCCUUUAAGCAUGCGUUUGCCGCUGCGAUGCAAAGCGUCGCAGACUUUCUGGAUCCUGGAAACCAACUCCUCGAGGCGUGGUUUAGCGAAAACCUCGAAAAGGCAACUUGCCCGAGAACUAUCGUGGACCUCGUCCGCACGCCAGAAGCAGCAUCACGAUUCCUCACAGAAAAGUUUCCUUCGCUAGAGCUCGAGAUUCAACAGCUUCCAAAAGACAUCAGCCAAUUCACGCUCGAGGAUGAGCCAGAGACUCCUCACGUCUAUCUCUUCAAAUCAAUACUCUGGAACCUGCCAGAUAGGGAGGUAAUCUGCAUCCUCAGCAACCUACUCGUCGCUACGAGAAGGUCAAAGAAUUCUAUCAUCCUGGUGAAUGACCUCUUAUCUCCUCCGCCAGGCACCUUUGAGCCUCAUAUAGACAAGGCGUACCGGAGACGAGAUGUCACCGUCAUGGCCAUGCACAACGCCAAGCUCCGCACAAAGGAUGAGUGGGAUGCUAUCUUUCGGAAAUGUCAUCCAGGCAUCACGGACCCUAGGCAAUCCAAGUAUGAUACACUCCGUAUUGGCAUGACGAAGGGAUACACAUCCCACAGUUGCCGUGCGCAGUGGGAGUUGAAAUUGACAGGGCGCUUGGUACCUGAUGGAAGGUAA